GUUUGCCAGAGGCUGCCCGAACCUUGAACCACCUUCAGCCUCUCCGAAGCUAUCACUGCUUAUGUUGUGAAUAUGAGGGCGGCAGCUACGACGACUUGUGCAGCCAUCGUGUGUCGAGUCAUCUUCCAGGUGAGAUCCGAGCGACACCAGAGUUGCCCAGUGGAUCAGGAUCGAUUCGCAAUGCCAGAGGUCGCCGCGAUGGAGAUAGACAAGGUUACCAUGCCCGCCUGGCGCAGCCUCUCGAACAUCGGCUCAGAUGGCGGCGGCCCAGCACAGAAAGACGAGGACGCCCCGACCGCCAAGAAGCUCAAGGCCGACAAGCCGAAGCACAAGGACAUCAUCGUACCGAUCGCGAAGCUGGUCAUGGCGAACAGCAAGAGCAUCGCAGACCUCGAGGGCGUCGCGUACGUGAAGUACCAGAUCGGAGUCGGCCGCCCGUGCGUGGCCGCGGGGCUCGCGGCGGGCAAGCGUUGCGACACGGAGAGCAAGGAGCUCAAGAAGAAGGCCGCCUCGGGACAGGCAGCGGACCACAAAGCGCGUGGCGGCCCGUACCUGUCGGUCUUCAUGGCGACGUUCGGUUACGGAGCCAGCCGCGUGGUCCCAGAGGCGGGCAAGGACGACGAGAAGACUCUGGUGAAAGAGAUGAGGCUGUUCCCCCAGGACAAAUUGGCGACGUCCACGGUGGCGCAGGCAUCGACCAUGGCGGGGCACUUCAGGAUCAAAACCCACAAGAAAGUCGAGGGCCAGGAGCAGCAGUGCAUGAUCAUGUGGCACUUCCCUCCGAAUGGCGAGUACAGCAACAUGAUCAACGACUGGUUUCAGAGGCUGCUCGUGGCGGAGGGAGGCCAGCGUGUAUUCGGAGCAGCUCCGCGCGGCCCGCUCGAGCGAGCCAUCAGCCAAUUCCUGGACGAAAGCAAGCGAAUGAGACCCAGCUGCCGCCCCUUCUGCACAGCAGUGCUCGCUUGGCUGCAAUGGUGGCCAAGGGCUUCGUUUUUCCUCCUCGUCCUCCUCCUCCUCUCCCCUCGCCCUCUUUGCGUGCUGGUGCGCAGAGUGAAGUAGCUCCCCCUGCCUCGGCGUCUUUGGAGUCGGGACCGCAGUUCAGUAUCCAAGUCCCGCGUCGUGGCAGAGGCAGGGGGAAAGGUGGUCGGAGUGCGCGUGGCAAGGACUCCAGCCCUGCCCAUCCUCGCGCCUAGAGGCCAGCCGCUCCUUCGGGGGGCUGCGUGCCUCGGGAGCGCGCUGGCAGGGCCAGUGCGGCAGUGGCCGAGAGUGGGCCACAUCUCAGCAGUUAGGAUUCGUCGGCUUCGUAGGUUGAGCCUCCUCUGGGUACUACCUCAGGCGGAGUUAAGAAGGCGUGCGGUGCUGGAAGCUAUCAGCAAAUGGAUACCGCUCAAGAUAGCAGGAUGCAAAGGCAGCGGCAUGCCCUGCCUUUGCGUUUGCGUGUGGUUUCUUAGAUUCCUCGCUCGUGUACUCUUCCUCCCUUUUUCCCGCGCUCAGCGUGGCCUCUUGUGGUCUCCAUCGGGCCUGCUGCUCCUUCGGCUUCUCUAUCUCGCCUGGCUCUGGCGGCUAGCACAUGCCUCUCGCCUGUCCCGUUUGAUCCAGCCGCCCACGGAAUGAUAUAUGCAGUCCGAGCUCCAAC